AUUUACGUUGACGACAAUAUCAUCCAUGCGACGAUCUCUCAGUGUUCUAACAAAACUCGACGCGUACAAAAUCGCUGCGUUUGACCGACCACAUUAGAUCAAAGUGUGUGCGCGAGUGGUUAAUUCGGCAAAUUCGAUUAGAUAGCCACUGAUAUAUGGGAGUAAAGUUGAAAAAUUUCAUUCACAAAAAUCACAAAUGUGAAAAUGGCUCUGUGAUAGUCAAUUGAAAAAGCACUACAGGCAAAGGCGGCAUAUGAGCGAAUAAUAAGCAGUGCUAAAUGUAGGAUAAUCUGAACCCAAACAUGAGAGAAAUCGCAUGGGCACCACUGAAUGUGCCGUUGAGACGACGGCUCGAGACACUAUGCGCUUUUGGGUGGAUAAGUCUGUUCCUUUUCGGUGAAUUGGGAAUGCUAUUUUUCUAUUUAUAUUUACUGAUAUUUGGCGGCGUUAUCGCAAAGACAUUGUGUAUAAUCUAUGGGAUUUUUAUCUACAUAGACCGUGAUGCCGGUGUCAACGGUGGACGAGGACAAGGAGUUAAAUGGUUCCGCAACUUGUUCUGUUGGAAAUUAUUCCAAUCAUACUUUCCAGCGAAACUACACAAAACCGUGGACUUGCCAGCCGAUCGAAACUACAUAUUUGCAACUUUCCCGCAUGGCGUAUUGAGCACCGGUACCUUCAUUAAUUUCGCUACCGACACCACCAGCUUUUACAAACUCUACCCUGGGAUUCGCUCCCGACCGUGCACCCUCGACUACCACUUCCGCGUUCCAAUCUUUCGGGAACUGGCGCUCAGCUGGGGUCUGGCUUCGUGUGCCUCGAAGAGUAUUGUGCGCAUGUUGAACGCCUCCAAUAACCAACAUCAUCCCGCGAACCGCGACGGAUUCACGGCCAAUGCGGUUGUUAUUGUUGUGGGUGGCGCCGCGGAGUCGCUGAACUCCCGGCCCGACAGCUACCGUCUAGUGUUGAAGAACAGAAAGGGAUUCUGUAAAAUAGCCCUCAAAACGGGCGCUCCGAUAGUGCCGGUGAUUAACUUUGGCGAGGUAGAUCUGUUCGACCAGCCCCCAAAUCCUCCCGGUUCGAAACUGCGUAGGUUCCAGGAAUAUAUGAAGAACAACACUGGAGUUGCUCCGGCGGCUUUCAGAGGGCGCGGAUUCUUCCAGUACACGUACGGAUUAAUUCCCAGGCGGAAACCGUUGAAUACAGUCAUCGGAGCUCCGGUGCAAACUGUACAAAUCAAGGAACCAACACAGGCGGAUGUAGAUGAACUGCACGGAAUAUUCUGCUCGGCACUCUUGGAGUUGUUUGACCAGUACAAAGGAAAGUUUAUUGAACAUUGCAAGAAUGUUGAAAUGGUGAUUGAAUGAUGAAGCCAGAAAGUGCUUCCACCUACGCGUAUUCCUAUGUGUGAACGGGAAAACUAUUCAUAAGAUUAAGGUCCUCACAGAGGACUGAAGAUUUUGAUUUUGUUUUGUAAUUCAUACUACGUUUUUGAAAGUAAAUCAGAAUUUUAAAGUAACUAAUUGGAAAACUUUAUGCUUUUAUUGUUUUUAUUCGUAGAGUCAUGCGGUAAUAGAGAGUUGGAAACAUGAAAGUACAGGCAAACCUGUUUUUGUGCGGUUCCUUUUUGUGUGAGUCCUCGUUUGUGCGACUUUUUUAUGCGAUUUUAUUAUGACAUCGGGUCUUGAAUCACAUGAAUUAAUAGCACAAAUAAUAAAAUCGCAUCUAAACAGUCACACAAAUGAGAAAUCGCACAAAAACGGGUUUUCCUGUAAAUAUGUUUUGAAGAAAUGAUGUAAGGGAUCCAGUCAAAAGGCUUAGUUUG